AUGGACUUUUCAUCACUGCAACAGUUCAAAAAUGCACUAGUUGAUCAUUGUGUUGCUCAAGGCAGAGAAUUCAAAUACAUGAAAAAUGACAGCAUAAGGGUUAGGAUAAAGUGCAGAAGUGAGGAUUGUCCAUUUGUCAUCUUGUGCAACAAGGUUGGCAACAAAGAGACUUUUAGAAUCAAAACUCUAGUUGGAGAUCACACAUGUGCUAGAGUGUUUGAUAAUAAGUCAGCUAAUGUAAGGUGGGUCAAGCAGAAGCUGUUGAAUAAAGUGAGUACAAUGAAUAAGAUCAGCACAAAUGAAAUUGUGGAUGAUUUCAGAGUUAAUCUUGGCACUGGAAUAACUAGAUACAGAGCAUGGAAGGGUAAGCAGUUGGCAAUUGAAGAGGUUGAGGGAGCCAUUGAAAUGCAGUAUACUCUUAUGUGGAGAUUUAGCAAUGAAUUGAGGAGGAUGGCAGCAGGAAACACAUGCAAAAUGAAUUUUGAAACACAAAGAAGCACUUUGUUUCCUAGAUUCAGUAGAUUUUACAUGUGCCUGGAAGGAUGUAAGAGAGGAUUUCUAGGUGGGUGUAGGCCAUUCAUUGGCUUGGAUGGUUGUCAUUUGAAGACUAAACAUAGAGGGAUAUUGUUGGCAGCAGUUGCUAGAGAUGCGAAUGAGCAGUAUUUCCCAUUAGCCUUUGGUGUGGUUGAGUCUGAAACCAAAGAAAGUUGGAUGUGGUUUAUGGAGCUGUUGAUGGAUUACAUUGACCCUGAAAGAUCAAGAAGAUGGGUCUUUAUAUCAGACCAACAAAAGCUAAUGUAUGUUUAA